AUGGGAACCUCGUUGCCGCAGCUAGAUAAUUCCGAAUAUGCCGUCGGCUGGAUUGCAGCCCUACCGCAUGAACGAGCAGCUGCCAAGGCAAUGCUUGACAAGGUACAUGCACCACCACGGCAUAAACACUCCAAAGACCACAAUAGCUAUACGCUAGGAUCCAUCGAUGGUCCUAAUGGUGAACAUAAUGUGGUUAUUGCCAGUCUCCCGUCCGGUCGAUAUGGGACCACGACUGCGGCUACCGCUGCUCAGCAGAUGCUCUCCAGCUUUCCUAGCAUUAAGUUCGGUUUGAUGGUUGGUAUUGGUGGAGGUAUCCCAAGCGAUGAUCACGACAUCCGACUGGGAGAUGUUGUGGUCAGCCAGCCGACAGGCGCCUUCGGAGGCGUAAGGCAAUACGAUUGCGGGAAGGUCACUGCGCGUGGAUUCGAAGAAUGUGGUGCACUGAAUUGUCCCCCGGAGGUUCUCCUCAAUGCGAUGGGUGAACUCCAGAGCAACCAUGAAAUGAUGGGAAGCACAUCGAUACCAGCUAUUUUGGAGGCCGUGUACCAAGCGUAUCCAGCAAUGGCAGACUCACGGAGAGGACCGGCUUAUAUCUACCAGGGUGUGGAAAAUGAUCGGUUGUUCUGUCCUGAUUAUAUCCAUAUGGGCGGCAAGAAAAGUUGUGAGGAAUGUGAUUGCACAAAAGAAAUCCAGCGUCCUGAGCGACUGGACCAAGAGCCUUUUAUCCACUACGGCACUAUUGCGUCGGGCAACAAGGUCAUCAAAGAUGCAAAAGUACGUGACUUGUUAGCGAAGAACUGUCUUUGCUUUGAAAUGGAAGCCGCGGGCUUGAUGAACCAAUUCCCAUGUCUUGUCAUUCGGGGCAUCUGCGACUAUUGCGAUUCUCAUAAAAACGACCGGUGGCAGAAGUAUGCGGCAGCUACUGCUGCUGCGUAUGCAAAGGAGCUCCUUCAAGUCACGGAUGCCUCGGAUAUACAAAAUACACCAGAGGCUCGGAGUGUUAUCAAAACAAUCGUCAAGAACCUUACUCGAACCCAGGGACAGAAAGAUUUGUUCAAGUGGCUUUCUCCUCUCAAUCCCUAUUCUAGACAUCUUGAGAACCAGAAAAGACGAGUGGAGGGUACAAGUACAUGGAUCUUUGAGGAUCCAAGAUUUCUCGAUUGGUCAUCAGAAAAGCCCAAUUUUCAAGCGUUGUGCUGUUACGGUGACCCAGGCGCGGGAAAAACAAUUAUAUCGUCUGUGGUAAUCGAUAGAUUACAGGAGCUAAAGCCUCUCGGCUCAGUUGGACUCGCAUACCUUUACGGUGACUAUCGCGACCAGAAAGUGCAAACCAUCGAGAAUAUCCUUGGGGUAUUGGUGAAGCAGUUGUUAGCUAGAUUGCCAGAAAUGCCCCAAAGUCUUUUGGACCUAUACGAAGAGCGCGUCAAGCAGGAGAAUCCCUUGAGCUUGCCCGAUGCAGAGCGGUUCUUCGAUCUUGCCUGCGAGCAGUUCAGCAAAGUAUUCAUCUGUUUGGACGCACUCGAUGAACUGAAGGACCAAAGAGGCCUCUUGAUGUGUUUGCAUGAUAGACCGACCUCAGUGCAGCUAUACAUCACUGGGAGGCCCCAUCUACAGUCAACUGUCCAGAAAUAUUUCAAGGAAAAUGGUGAUAUUACCAUCAAGGCACAUGAGCACGAUAUUCGACUAUACAUUCAGCGUGAGAUUGGUGGACCCAACGAUAUUGAGCCAGAUGCUAUGGACGAAAAGCUGAAGGUGGAUAUUGAAAACAGAAUUUUAGAGUCGGCUAAAGGAGUGUUUCUAUUACCUGUUAUGCAAGUCCACGCUAUCCUUCAAGCCACAACCAUACGACGCCGUGAGGAUGCUUUGAGGACAUUACCGUCGAAUCUCGGCGAUGCUUUCACCAGCACGAUAGUCCGAAUAGAACAACAGCCAAAUGCACAAUCAGAGCAGGCAAAGAAGAUCCUUGCUUGGAUCCAUCUAGCAGAACAGCCUGUUGGAGUCAAUGAGCUUUUGUGUGCACUUGCAAUCGAAGAUGGUGAUAAGGCUUUCGACCCGAGAGGUAUUCCUGUAAGAGGAACAUUAAUUAAUUGUUGCCAAGGCUUAGUUGUGUUUGACCACGAAGCAUGCACUGUACGCCUGGUCCAUUACUCUUUCCAAGAGUAUCUCAGCCAGCGAGACCAAAUGUUCGGUUUUAGUAAAGCACAGUGGCACAGCCGGAUUGCACGAACAUGUCUGACAUUCCUAAGUUUUACAUCUGGGGCGGUGGAGCAAGACUGCAUUUCUACCACACUUAUGCCCUAUGCUGCUACUAAAUGGGGUCAUCACCUCCGGAAGAGCGAGCACCUGCAGGAGGCACCGUUAGAAGUUGCACAAGAAUACCUCGGCAUCGCAUCAACGGAUAAUAAUGUAAGUCUCCGUGUACUGUACAGGGAAAUGUAUGGAGGACGGCCCAACGACGAGGAUGCGCAUGCUACGGUUUCAUCUGCCCAUAUCGUAGCUUUUUUUGGUAUUUAUGGCCUUAUGCUUCAUCUAGCUCAAACAGCAUCUGGUAUAGACUCCAGGGAUAUUGACGGCCAAACACCAUUAUUAUGGGCUGCGAAGAGGGGUUACAAGCCAGUAGCCAAGUUACUAAUCGAUAGCGGUGUUAGACUUGACCCUCGAGAUGUUACCGGUAAGACACCGCUGAUGGCGGCAUUGAAGUCCGGACAUGAAGCAGUGGCUUUGCUGCUGAUAGAACACGGCGCCGCGGUCGAUACGGUGGACAAUUUCAAUAAUGUGCCAUUAUCAUUUGCCGCCGAGUAUAGAUGUGAAGCAGUAGCAAAACUGCUGCUUGAGAAGGGUGCUUUUGUGGACCCUGUAAAUCAGUUUGGACUAACGCCUCUCUUACUCGCUGUCCAAGGCGGAUUCGAAGAAAUCGUCAGACUACUUCUUGAUAGUGGCGCUGCGGUGGAGGCAUCGGAUCGGUAUGGUCGGACACCUCUUUUAUUUGCUGUGUCCAGUGGGCUUGAGGCAAUAGCGAGGCAACUCUUGGACAAGGGCGCUAAUGUGGAGGCAUUCGACCAUAAAUAUGGUCGGACCCCACUGAUAUGGGCAGCAGCAGAAGGAUAUGAGGCAAUAGCUGGACUGCUUAUUAACAAAGGUGCUGAGCUAAAUUCAGUAGAUGCUGGUUUCGCUUGGACGCCGCUUGCGUGGGCAGCAGUCAACGGAUUUGAGGGCAUAGUAAAGCGCCUCCUUGAGAGCGGCGCUGCAGUGGAUCCUGUUGAAGUGAAUGGGUAUGGCCGAACGCCAUUACUAUUGGCGGCGGAGGCCAGGAACGAAGCAAUUGUCAAGCUCUUGGUUAGGAAAAUCGCUGUAAUAGACUCGACUGUAUCAUUGGGUACAGAUUUAGUGUUACGUGUUGAAGAGAAGGGACUGGAUGCCCUGAUGGACUUUCUAGGGUUCACAACUGACCAUCGGGGUCACCGAUCAAAAAGGAUGGCGAAUGCCAAUGACCCGAUCCAUAUGUACUUUGAAUAG